AUAAAAAUUUCUAAUAAAUUUGGGUUUUAUACAAAUAUCAUUUUUAUCGCAUUUGUAGUCGAAUAAAUGUACCUUAAAAAGAAUAACCUUGAAUCUGGACACGACGUGUCUACGUAUUUCACGUUAUCCACGUGGUGUAGUUAAUUAUUGAAGUAUUCAAAUCUAUUAAAUACAAUGUCUGUCUUAAAUAUAGAUGUCUUUAAUAAAAGAGCAACUGAAGCGGAAGAGCAAAUAGAAAUUUUGAAAAAGGAAAUCGAAUAUUUGCGUGAAAAUAUAGCAAACCAAAAUGUUCAAAAAUGUGAUAUUUCAAAAGAAGAUUAUACAAAUUUGCAGCAAGAAAAUCUCAAAUUAAAAUACAGAAUUAACAUACUUAAAAAGACUAUUGAAACAAGGCGAUCUAAUCCACAAACUCAAACAAUGUCUACUGAUACUUCUGUUAGUAAUUUCAUUAGUAUAUGUGAAACUUUAUUUAAUUUAUUUCAAGAUGCUACUGCUGCCGCUUAUCCAAACUUAGUAGAUCCACCAAUAGCUAUUGCAGUAGCACCUAAUGCUAAAUUUGGAGAUUAUGAAUUUAGCAGUUCUAUGCAGAUUGUUAAAUUAUUAAAUACAAGUGGUAUGAAAACAAAUCCAAGAGAAGUUGCAACUAAUAUUUUAUCGAAAGUGGAGUCAUCUCCACUUAUUGAAAAAUUAGAAAUUGCUAAUCCAGGUUAUAUAAAUGUAUUUUUAAAACGUGAAUUUGGUCAACAAGUGUUGAAGACAUUUUUAAAGAUAGGAGCAGUAUUUCCCCCACAUGUGGAUAAGAAAAAAAUAAUUGUAGAUUUUUCAAGUCCUAAUAUUGCUAAAGAAAUGCAUGUUGGUCAUUUAAGAUCUACAAUUAUUGGUGAUAGUAUUUGUAGAUUAUUAGAGUAUCUAGGUCAUAAUGUUUUGAGAAUAAAUCAUGUAGGUGAUUGGGGAACACAAUUCGGUAUGUUAAUAGCUCAUCUACAGGACAAAUUUCCAGAUUAUUUAACUGUAUCUCCACCAAUUGCUGACCUUCAGAAUUUUUACAAAGAAUCAAAAACAAGGUUUGAUGAGGAUGAAGAAUUUAAAAAACGUGCAUACAAUUGUGUCGUUAAAUUACAAUCCUUUGAUCCUGACAUAAUUAAAGCUUGGCAGUUAAUUUGUGAUGUAUCUAGAAAAGAAUUUGAAAACUUGUAUGCUCGACUUGAUAUCAAGAUCAUAGAGAGAGGAGAAUCAUUUUACCAAAAGAAAAUGGAAGUAUUAGUAAAGGAAUUAGAAUCCCAAAACUUUUUAGAGGAAGACAUGGGUCGUAAGAUAUUAUGGGGAGAAGAUCAUAGUGGUAUACCCCUCACAAUCAUAAAAUCGGAUGGUGGUUUCACUUAUGAUACAUCAGACAUGGCUUGCAUCAAACAACGUGUUCAUGAUGAAAAAGCAGAUUGGAUAAUAUAUGUAACAGAUUCCGGUCAAUCUGUACAUUUUCAAACAUUAUUUAAAUGCGCAAAGAGAGUAGGUAUUCUUCCAUCAAAUGUUAGAGUAGAUCAUGUUGGAUUUGGUCUAGUUCUUGGAGAAGACAAAAAGAAAUUUAAAACACGAUCUGGAGAUACUGUUAAGUUAUCAGAUUUAUUAGAUGAAGGUGUAAAUAGAUCACUACAAAAACUUAAAGAAAAGGGGCGUGACAAAGAACUUACAGAAGAGGAACUUAAAGCAGCUCAAGAAUCCAUUGCUUACAGUUGCAUUAAAUAUGCAGAUUUAUCCCACAAUAGAAAUCAUGAAUAUGUAUUUUCAUUUGACAAAAUGUUAGAUGAUAGAGGAAAUACUGCAGUAUAUUUACUUUAUGCGCUUACUAGAAUUCAUUCCAUUGCUAGAAAUGCUAAUAUUUCUUCAGCACAGUUAAAGAAAACUGCAGAGGAGAUUCCAGUAUCUCUAGAGCAUGAAAAGGAAUGGAAAUUAGCUAAGGUAUUGCUAAAGUUUCCUGAUGUAUUACUUAGAAUAACUAAGGAUCUCCAUAUACAUCAACUUUGUGAAUAUUGCUAUGAUAUUUGUACUGUAUUUACUGAAUUUUACGAUAAUUGUUAUUGUGUCGAAAAGAAUCAAGCUGGUGAAAUAAUUCAAGUAAAUAUGGGUCGCUUAUUAUUGACAGAAGCUACUGCUAUUAUAAUGGAACAAUGUUUUUCCAUACUUGGUAUUAAACCGCUUACACGUAUGUAAUAAACGAUGAUAUUAAAAAAUAAAAAAAGCAUAUUUGUA